GGGGGCCGCUCGAGCAGGCUGAGGAGAUUUGUUGGGCCGCGGGCCUCAUCCUGUCAGACAAGCCGGACUGGACUCCCUCUCCCUCUGCUUGGCUUCACCUCACCUCAUUAUGAGCUAAAUACUUGGACGGGGGUGGGGAAAAAAUCACAAUGAUGGAGAUUGAAGCUCAGACUGAGCUGCUUCAAGAAGCCAAGGAGAGUAUCGAGGCAGCAAAGAACUAUAAGGAUGAGCUGGAACAGCGGCUACAAGGACUGAAUCAGGCAAGAAAACAGAUCACUGGAAGUGCUGUCCAGACUCGUGACGUUCUGAAACAUCACUUUAAUGAGCUGAAAGCCAAGCUGACCAAGCUGUUGGAUGAACGGUUAGUAAUGCUGCUCCAGGAAGUGGAUAAAAUUGAGCAGGAGAGCAUCAGGCCCCUUGAUGACUGUCAGAAAUUAAUCGAACAUGGCGUGAACGUGGCAGACGAGCUCCUCCGAGAAGGAGAGGUUGCGGUGCUCUGUGGAUCGGCCGAGGAGGAGAAACUUGGAAACUUCACAAAAAAAGCUCUGCAAAUCCAACUUGACAGUUUGCCAGAAGUCCCUUCGCUGGUGGAGGUGCAGUGUUUAUCAGCUCAGUUAGAUGAAAGCUUGCUCAGUUUUGUCAAGGAUCGAAUCUUUAGCCAUGGAGCGAUUGCAUCGCGCCCUCCUGUCCAGAUAGAGGAACUGACUGAAAGGCCUGGAGGGAUUCUUGUCCGAUGGUGCAAGGAUGACGAUGACUUUGUGGCACAGGAGUAUCGGCUGCAGUUCUGUAAAAACAUCGCCUGCCAAUUCGACGAUGUCUACAUUGGACCUGAUACCGAAUUUGUAGUUUUGCACAUUGACCCCAAUGUUAGCUACACGUUCCGUGUGUGCGCACGGGGAGAAGGACGCAUGGAGUGGAGUCCUUGGAGUAUUCCACAGAGCGGGUACACCACUCUGACUGCACACGAGUGGAUCACAGGUUGCGAAGGGUUCAGUCUCAGCAGUCGGAGAGACAUGGCACUCAGGAAUGAUUCUCCUUCAUCCGGUGUGUUGUACUCCAAGGAACCCACUUACACCAGUGGACAGACACUGACAUUUAGAAUGGAGGCGACAGGACUACCAGAUAAAAGAGACAGUAUCGGAGUGUGUGUUGAGCCACAGAAUGAGUGUGAUUCCCUGCAGAGAGACAAGGCUGUUUGCAUCAGCUCAAAUGGGGCUGUAUUUGUGAACGGCAAAGAAAUGACCAAUCAGCUGCCUUGUGUUUCUACUGGGUCAUCAGUGACCUUUGACAUGGAAGUUGUUAGCUUGGGUUCAGGCUUCAAUGAUGCUGCUAGUUUCAAGCUCCGAGUGAUCAUAAGCUCUGGAAAUCGAGAAGUGGUGUUUGACUGGCUGCUUGAUCAGCCCUGCGAAGCCUUAUAUUUUGGAUGUUCCUUUGUGUAUCCAGGUUGGAAAGUACUGGUAUUUUAGACUCCAGUGAGGGGUAAAUUCUCACUCCUAAGAUAUGGUUACUCAAUGCCUGUGCAAAUGCUGGAAGCUUCACAGUAAAGGAUGGUCCUCAUGGUGUUGGAAAAACCCUGAGCUACUGCAUUGUGUUGAGGGUAGGGCAUGGAGAAAAAGGUAAAGGGGCAUUUUUAUUAUCCUUAUUUAAACAAAAGCUUCAAAAAAAUAUUAAAGGUUUAAGAGGCAAGUGGAAAGUGACUGAAUUCCUGAGUGUGCAUUAAAUGUGGAAUGUCCUGGUGAUUCUGUCACAAGUGCACUAUAGUGAUACAGAAAUCUAUCUGUAUAGAAUUACACUGGGCUGACUCCUGAAGUCAAGCAGCAGAGUUCGGUAUCAUAGGUGACAAAUAUUACGCACCCUUUGGAUGAGCCACUUCUCUCCUAUACUUCCCAUCCUGUGCUAUGACCCUGCACCUUCAGUUUAAAAGCAUUGGAGCUAUGGUAUAUAGGUUGUAAUGAAUGGAAUGCAAGGUUACAAAUUAUUCAGUACAGCCCUUCAAACGCAGUGGAAGUCAAUGCUGCCUCACAUCUGGUCCAACAAGGUGAAAGAUUUUCUGUAUUUGGCCCAGCAGUUAAUUGUACUGAGAGAGAAUCUCCAGGUUGUAAACGUGAACAGUUUUAUAUCAAUUUGUACCAAGCUCCGACACAUGCAGGAUAAAGCUGGAUUGUAACUUUUAUAUCUAUUCAUAAAACAAACUUCCUAAUAUCCCUGCAGCCACACACAAGAACUUUAUAUAUUUUUAAAAUAAUAUACAAGCAACAUUUUGUUUCAAUGAACUGAAUUGACAACCUGUAAACUUCUGACUACAUAGUGUUUACAGCACAGAUACAGACCAUUCAGCCAACAAGACUAUGCCCAUAUUAAUGCUCCACAUAAGUUUCCUCCAACCCUACAUAUCCUUCUAUAGUUUUCCUCUUAAAUGCUGUUCACCUCAACUACUCCAUGUUGUAGCAAGUUCUAUAUUUUGAAUUUUUGGAUCUGGUGUUUAAUGCAGAUGAUUCUGCAAUCUCUUAUUCAACCUUGUCACCUACUCGAAUCCUAUUUAACAAAAUAGAUUUUGCCUGGGGUGAAUUUUUUAAUGUAACAUUUCUUAACUGGCCUUCCCAUUGCUCUGAUAGCGUACUUUUACAUAGUAACGUUGCAUGUGAUUCAAAACACAUGACAUGCAUCGCUUGAGCGCCAAUUAUUCCUACCUAUGAUUCUAUUGAUUUAUUGCUCAUUUGUUUGAGAAAAGUUGUUCUUGGUACUCUAUCGUGGAUAAGUCCUUAAUUGAAUGAUUGAAGAAAAAGCAGAGCCAGAAAAGCACUGGUUCUAAAAUUAGAUGUGGCAGGGAAAGCGUUCCAUUUCUCAUCACUAACUUUAGAUAAGCAGAAAAAAUUCUAAAACAUUCAUGGAAUGAUCUAGGACUAGGGUGUAGUUCUCCUGUAUUUUUACUGUGAAAUUGCUGUUUGCAUGUUGUUGUAUGAACUAAUGGAUUCCUUUGUUAGAUAUAGGGAGUGAAGACCAAAACUUCAGGUGAAAUGGGGUCUAAUUGGAUCAGGGUAUUGAAUAAUAUUUCCACUUAUAAAUUGCUGUCAAUAUUUAUCAUGGAAACAACCUAUGUGAACAGUGACAACAUUCUCUCGCCAUAUUACUAUUGCUGCAGCAUCUCAGCUCGUGGUAAUUACUGCAUGGCAAGUUUGCAUAGUUUCUAACGAUGAAUGUAGGUGUAUAACAUUAUUGGAAAAAGUUGGCUGGAAAGUUGUGGAUUGUUAUCUUUUGUAUAGUCAUAUUUCUCAAAACUAUUCAGUGAAAGAAGUGUCCAGAAAGAUGGUUAGAGGUUGAAUUACUGUUCAAGUGCCUUUGUCCUAUAGAAAAGGAUGCUUGUAUGUACAAUCAUGUUCAAAAGUGCCUAUAUACAUAUUUUUUUUAUAAUACUGGUUAGAUGCAUGUAGAAAAUUUAAACAAGAUUGGACUGUGAACCCAACUAGCCAAUGUAUUAAAUUGUACUUGAAGCAAAGUGAGGGUUUUAAAAAGGACAAAUGCAUUUUCUGAUAUGGUGCUAAACUGUGAACCUUAAAGAUAGGUUUGUUCUGCAGCUGGGCUGACCAGAUCUCAUCUAGGCCUGAGAGUUACAGAUUAAUGUCCCAAUUUAUAUAGAUUGGCAGGGGAGCAAUGUAGGCCUUCCUCUCCCUCUGGCUUGAAUGUGGGGUGGGUUGGAAAAACUUAGCGAGUUUCAUCACGGUUAUGUGGCAAACAUAAGGAUAUUUACCAAUUGAAGAUAUCCUCUGACGUGAAGCUCACCUGUAAAGAACAACAAAGGUGAAGUAUCAGAGGCUAUGAGGAACAGGUAACCGAUUCCAAGAAUGAAUGGUGGCUUUUAAUGGAAAAUUUAACUUUUCAGCUCAUUGCUAAAGCUGGGGGGAUGCUUAUCCGCAGUGCAAUACCAACUCAUUGAAGGAUUGUUAUAUAAGAGUAUUUUCUCAAAGGGAACAAACCUCCAGGUUGAUCAGGGCCUCAAUGUUGUACCACCUUUUACCUCCAUUUUUAAAAAUGUUGCAUUAUUAAGCUUUGUGCAACUUCCUGGCUGUGAAAAUCUGCUUGCCUUUAAUCUUAAUGUAUUACAAGUAUUUCUAAUAAAGUUAAAUGUUUUUAACCAUCUUA